CAACAUGCUCUGAGAACCAUGUUUCUUAGAGCUUGGUGAAAGCGUGGUUUUCCUAUGGAUAUUUUGCAUACAACCUUCCCACAACUUUCUGGGAAUGAUGCAGGACAGUUACUUGGCGGCUUUGGAGCAUUCUCAGUAGAUUUAAGGAACUUGACAAAGAAAUUGUAUUUUCUUGGUAUUUCAUUACUUUAACAGGACUUUUCCUGAAAGCUCAAACAUGGUUACAUUUCAUUUAACUUUUGGUAAUGUUCUAGGAAUGUUCUCCAACUGGUUUCACAUUAGGAACGUUCUCAAAUAGUUCAGGGAACGCUAAGAAACAAUGUUCUUCUGUGGACAUUUCACUACUUCAGCGUUUUCUACAGGUUUCCCCAUGGUUCUAUUUAAAGUCAUGUUCUCAAACUGUUCCGAGAACGUUAAGAAAACUUUCCAUAAAAACCACAAGAGAACUUUAGUAUCGAUCAGAGAAUGUUUAAGAAUGUUAUUUAAAAACAUGUACAUUCCGUUCUCAGCAGCAACAACUCUUUCUACCCUCUAUCUUGUUAAGUGUGUUCAGGUGCGUUGGCCUCGCCCACUAAUUGGCCACACCUGAUCUUAAUGAGUGCUUGUUUCCUUUGAAAUGGGAUCUGUUUGAAUAGAUUAAAUUAGCACAGUGGACAAAUUCCAUGGACAGAGGACACAAGAUUAUAGGUUUGAAUCUCACUAAUGCCAUGGCACAAUAAAAAAAUUAAUGUGUUUGCAUGAUUAAUGCCUAAGGAAAUAUAUGUGUCCUAUCUGUGCUUGGAGUAAAAAAAUUGUUAACCCAAAAUACGGUGUUAUUAAAAGUCUUGAAACAUUCAAUGAAAGUAUUAAAGACAUUUUCACUUCUGUUCUCAGAACAUUUAAAAAAGACCAUCCAGGUCAUGAAACAUGGUUUCGUUCCCACAACCAAUGUGGAUCCAAAAAUAUAUGUUCCCAGAUCUUCCAAGGAACCAAAUGUGCCAGCUGGUUGAUGUGCUGUGUAAAUAUAUUUUAUGCAUGUUUUAUUCACUCUAGGCGCCAAAGAGAAUUAUUAGAUUCCAACCCAACUGUUCCAACCCAACGGUUAUUCAGUGGAUGCUAGUAUCAUCCAGAACAAUCAGUCCAAUCAAGGGAUACAGGUAGCACAGACCUCUCAGAGAUAUGUUCACUGUCACCACAGUGCUAUAAUAGAAACAGGCUUUUAGGUUGUUAUUUAGUUUGGAUAUGAAGAAUUUCAAUAGACUUGACACAACAUCAGAAUCCAUUGAGCCCAACAAAAACAAGUGGACUGAUAAGCUAAGUCUUCCUUUUUCUAUCUUCUCUCUAGGCACCUCUGGCCCUUUCUACAGUGUGACGUGCUUGACCGACUAAGAUGGAGGGCAGUGGCAGUGGGUGGGCUGUAGAUCUGGCCUCUCCUGGGCCGUGUGUGGCUGGCAUGGAGGGGAACACCAGCAGUCAGGUUUUUGAGGUGGCGCUGCAGAACUCCUCCUCGUCCAAACGCAGCCCUCAGUUUGUGGGGGUGGAGCUGCCGCAGUCCUUCAAGCUGCUCAUCAUCCCCUGCUAUGCCCUGGUGGUGCUGAUCGGGGUAUUCGGCAACUACCUGUUGCUCUACGUCAUCUGCCGCACCCGCAAGAUGCACAAUGUCACCAACUUCUUCAUAGGGAACCUGGCCUUCUCCGACAUGCUGAUGUGUGCCACAUGUGUCCCCUUCACCUUGGCCUAUGCCUUCAACCCCCGCGGCUGGGUGUUUGGGAGGUUCAUGUGCUACCUGGUUUACCUCAUCCAGCCAGUAACGGUCUAUGUGUCUGUUUUUACUCUCACUGCUAUUGGUGUUGACAGGUACUAUGCCACAGUUCACCCUCUGAAGAAGCGGAUCUCAGUGCUGGCGUGUACCUACCUCCUAUCUGGGAUCUGGCUGCUCUCCUGUGGGCUUGUGGCCCCGGCUGUAGCCCACACUUACCAUGUGGAGUUCAAGAAUGAGGGCUUCACCAUCUGUGAGGAGUUCUGGAUGGGCAAAGAGAAAGAGAGGUUGGCCUACGCCUACAGCACACUCUUCAUGACCUACGUCCUGCCUCUCUCUGCCCUCUGCAUCUCUUACCUCUGUAUCUCUGUCAAGCUGCGUAAUUGUGUGGCGCCUGGCCACCGCACCAAGAGCCAGGCCGAGGCCCAGCGAACCCGCAAGCGUAAGACCUUCCGUCUGGUCACCUUGGUGGUGGCGGCCUUCGGCGUGUGUUGGAUGCCCAUCAGUGUAUUCAACGUGCUGCGGGACAUUGACAUUGACCUGAUUGACAAGCGCUUCUUCCUGCUCAUCCAACUGCUGUGCCACCUGUGUGCUAUGAGCUCCUCCUGCUGUAACCCUUUCCUGUACGCCUGGCUACAUGACCGCUUUCGCGCCGAACUGCGCAAGAUGUUCACCUGCCACCGCCGCAUCGGCAUCCCUGCCAACAACUGUGCCACAAACAGCGUGGUGCUGUGAACCACUUCAUCCCACCUUUCACUGGAUGUGUUCAGAGAAUGUCCUGAGGUAUUUGGUCCUGGAACAUAAAGUGGUUUUUCAUUGCAAUAAACUGUGCCACAAACAAGGCUGCUGCAAAAAUGCGUACUGCAUUAGAAGUUUUCAGACAUGUGGAAAUAUCAGAAGUUGGUUGAGCAAGAUAUGGACGAGCAAGAUAUGGACAUCUUCUGUAUGUACAGUGGGGCAAAAAAGUAUUUAGUCAGCCACCAAUUGUGCAAGUUCUCCCACUUAAAAAGAUGAGAGGCCUGUCAUUUUCAUCAUAGGUACACUUCAACUAUGACAGACAAAAUGAGAAAAAAAAUCCAGAAAAUCACAUUAAAAAUCCUACAAUGAAUUUAUUUGCAAAUUAUGGUGGAAAUAAACUUUUGUUAUUGACCAAAUACUUAUCUCAAUACUUUGUUAUAUACCCUUUGUUGGCAAUGACAGAGGUCAAACGUUUUCUGUAAGUCUUCACAAGGUUUUCACACACGGUUGCUGGUAUUUUGGUGCAGAUCUCCUCUAGAACAGUGAUGUUUAGGGGAUGUUGCUGGGCAACACGGACUUUCAACUCCCUCCCAAGAUUCUCUAUGGGGUUGAGAUCUGGAGACUGGCUAGGCCACUCCAGGACCCUGAAAAGCUUCUUACGAAGCCACUCCUUCGUUGCCCGGGUGGUGUGUUUGGGAUCAUUGUCGUGCUGAAAGACCCAGCCACGUUUCAUCUUCAAUGCCCUUGCUGAUGGAAGAAGGUUUUUACUCAAAAUCUCACGAUACAUGGUUCCAUUCAUUCUUUCCUUUACACGGAUCAGUCGUCCUGGUCCCUUUGCAGAAGAACAGCCCCAAAGCAUGAUGUUUCCACCCCCCAUGCUUCACAGUAGGUAUGGUGUUCUUUGGAUGCAACUCAGCAUUCUUUGUCCUCCAAACACGACAAGUUGAGUUUUUACCAAAAAGUUAUAUUUUGGUUUCAUCUGACCAUAUGAUAUUCUCCCAAUCUUCUUCUGGAUCAUCCAAAUUCUCUCUAGCAAACUUCAGACGUGCCUGGACAUGUACUGGCUUAAGCAGGGGGACAUGUCUGGCACUGCAGGAUUUGAGUCCCUGGCGGCGUAGUGUGUUACUGAUGGUAGGCUUUGUUACUUUGGUCCCCUUUGGUCUCUGCAGGUCAUUCACUAGGUCCUCCCGUGUGGUUCUGGGAUUUUUGCUCACCGUUCUUGUGAUCAUUUUGACCCCACGGGGUGAGAUCUUGCGUGGAGCCCCAGAUCGAGGGAGAUUAUCAGUGGUCUUGUAUGUCUUCCAUUUCCUAAUAAUUUCUCCCACAGUUGAUUUCUUCAAACCAAGCUGCUUACCUAUUGCAGAUUCAGUCUUCCCAGCCUGGUUCAGGUCUACAAUUUUGUUUCUGGUGUCCUUUGACAGCUCUUUGGUCUUGGCCAUAGUGGAGUUUGGAGUGUGACUGUUUGAGGUUGUGGACAGGUGUCUUUUAUACUGAUAACAAGUUCAAACAGGUGCCAUUAAUACAGGUAAAGAGUGGAGGACAGAGGAGCCUCUUAAAGAAGUUACAGGUCUGUGAGAGCCAGACAUUUUGCUUGUUUGUAGGUGACCAAAUACUUAUUUUCCACCAUAAUUUGCAAAUAAAUUAAUAAAAAAUCCUACAAUGUGAUUCUCUGGAUUGUUUUUGUUCUCAUUUUGUCUGUCAUAGUUGAAGUGUACCUAUGAUGAAAAUUACAGGCCUCUCAUCUGAAGUGGGAGAACUUGCACAAUUGGUGGCUGACUAAAUACUUUUUUGCCCCACUGUAUAUGCUGUUUUAAAUAAGAAUGUUCUUUAUUGUUCAGGUUAUUCCCAUGAUACAAACACAGUGAUGGUUUAAUAAUAUAUGUCCUUUGUUUGGUGUUUACUUGAAUUCUACAACCUCAAGGCUGUGACUGACAGUCCUGGCUUGGUGACAAAGAUGAUAGCUUUCAUCUCAACCACUAACACAAAAUGAAACACAUUAUUUGGUCAUUUUGAGAAAGAUUGUAAUUUAUUCCAUUUAACCUGGUUUCCAUUUUUGAUCAAUUGCAUGGUUAAAACACUCCUCGGUAUAGUAGUUUUCAUUUCUGGGUUAAUGUGACCGCGUUGAUGUUGCAUCAUGCAUGUUGCAUCAUGCAUGUUACAUCUUUGUAAAUGUAAUUUGAAGUAUGGAUUCUUUAUUUCCCAUAUUGAUGUGGUGAUUUUUGUAUUUAAAUAUAUAAAGAAACAAAUAGGUUAGGAUUCAUCACCCAAAUCAAGUUAUUAAAAUGCAGAUUAUUGUCUGGUAAAGCAAGUCUGAAGUUGGUAUGAAAGGGCAGUCAAACAUAAUUUAUAUAUUAUGACAUUAAUUACAUUUUUUGGUUCAUCAAACUGUUUCAAUAAUAAAUGGGCAUUUGAGUUGACUCCUGAAGAACAUUUGAAAAAGAGAGGAUUGAAGAGGAGAAUAAUUAUUGCCAUGAUCACAUACACAUUCAAGACUCCUGUUUUUCUCUCAGGUUGGUUAUGGCGUUUUCAAUGGUGUACACUGUAUAUGCAAAAGUAAGUGGAUACCCCUACAAAUUAGUGGAUUCAGCUAUUUUGCCCACACCUGUUGCUGUAAGGUAUAUAAAAUCGAGCACACUGCCAUGCAAUCUCCAUAGACAAACAUUGGCAGUAGAAUGACCAGUAAUGAAGAGCUCAGUGACUUUCAACCACCUUUCCAACAACUCAGUUUGUAAAGUGUCUGCCCUGUUAGAGCUGCCCCGGUCAACUGUAAGUGAUGUUAUUGUGAAGUGGAAACGUCUAGGAGCAACAACAGCUUAGCCACGAAGUGGUAGGCCACACAAGCUCACAGAAUGAGACCGCCGAGUGCUGAAGUGCAUAAAAAUCAUCUGUCCUAGGUUGCAACUCACUACCGAGUUCCAAACGUCAGCACAAAAAAACUGUUCGUCAGGAGCUUCAUGAAAUGUGUUUCCAUGGCCGGGCAGCAGCACACAGCCUAAGAUCACCAUGAGCAAUGCCAAGCGUCAGUUGGAGUGGUGCAAAGCUCGCCUCUAUUGUACUCUGGAGCAGUGGAAACACAUUCUCUGGAGUGAUGAAUCACGCUUUACCAUCUGGCAAUCCGAUGGACAAAUCUGGGUUAGGCAGAUGCCAGAAGAGCGUUACCUGCCCCAAUGCAUAGCGCCAACUGUAAAGUUUGGUGGAGGAGGAAUAAUGGUCUGUGGCUGUUCAUGGUUCGGGCUAGGCUCCUCAGUUCCAUUGAAGGGAAAUCUUAACGCUACAGCAUACAAUGACAUUCUAGACAAUUAUGUGCUUCCAACUUUGUGGCAACAGUUCGUUGAAGGCCUUUCCUGUUUCAGCAUGACAAUGUCCCCAUGCACAAAGGGAAGUCCAUACAGAAAUGGUUAGUCGAGAUUGGUGUGGAAGAACUUGACUGGCCUGCACAGAGCCCUGACCUCAACUCCAUCGAACACUUUUGGGAUGAAUUGGAACGCCGACUGCGAGCCAGGCCUAACCCCCGAACAUCAGUGCCCAACCUCACCAAUGCAAUUGUGGCUGAAUGAAAGCAAGUCCCCACAGCAAUGUUCCAACAUCUAGUGGAAAGCCUUCCCAGAAGAGUGGAGGCUGUUACAGCAUCAAAGGAGGGACCAACUCCAUAUUAAGGCCCUUGAUUUUGGAAUGAAAUGUUUGAGGUGUCCACAUACUUUUGAAGGUAAAUGUUUUGUCAGUGUCUGCAGUCUGGUUUGUACAAUUUCAACAUUUAAUGAGAAAGCUUGCACUACAUGCAUUUGUUUGGACCAUUGCUCUCGAGAUGGUGAGGGACACUCUAUUCACAGGUUUGUGGUUAUUUGUGAAUUCUUGUCUGUGGGUCAGAGACCACAUUACCAUGAUUUCUCACCUAUUGUUUUUGUUUUUUUACGUGUCUGAAAGUACACUACAAUAUACUUGAGAGCAGGGCAACAUCCCGCGUGCACCACAUCUUUCUAUGGGCACAAGCGCUGUUCAUGACACAAACGAUUCACACCCCUCUUGUAGGCAGAUGAAACAUUUUGCAGGUUUAAAGCUUAUUUCCUGUAGUUCUACACAUUGUCAUGGGGUGCAGAGAAAACGUUGCCGUUUUAAAGCAAAUGUAAUUUCAAUUCUAUACAUUUUGCCAUGUAUAAUGUGUCAUGUGAUACGAGUGACUCAAACAUGAAAUCUAUUGGUUAAGAAACCUAGUAAAAAUGUUACCUGACAUGGGCUAGUUCUAAAUAGCACUAAGGUAUGCAAUGACUGACAUGACAAAAACAGAUGCACUACCCAAUUUCAAAAUUCGAUGAUUACAACUUUCAAGAGUAAGUUGAAAGCCGGACUGAGUUCCUUAAAUUCUAUAUUUUAACACGCACCCAGUCCUCCCCACAGUUUGAGAACCACUGCUCUAAAGGUCAGGCAAGACAAUGUUAUCAUAGAGAUGAAGUUUUACCUAAUUCUUCAGAAUGUGUAGUCAACAUUUUAUAUUUUUACUAAUAACCUGUGAGAAACAUUAAGGUAGUAAUGCAUUUAUUGAACAGACCCCAAACAUAUAUUCCCUGCACAUACACAAGUCAUUUCUCAGUUAAUUAAAAAAUGUCUAGGUCAGUGGAGCAUAAGACCUACAGCUAUUAGAAGUCUUCAAGCUUUCUUAAUAACAUACAUGACAAAACAUUAAGAUUCAUUAUACUUUAUUUCAAUUGGAACGAUCAAAGUGUAUACAAUACUCUGAAUUUAAAAGCAGUAUAAACAAAAAGCUCUUAAGGAAUCCAGACUUACAGUAAUCACAAAAAGUAAAUUCUUAGGUGUAAAACCCUUGAAGGCACAAUCAUAGACAUGUGAAUAUUUCACAAGAUUUCUUAUUGCUAUGACAUUACACGAAGGCAUAGUUGCAGAAGAUGCAUUGAGUAGAUUACAUUACAUUUACAUUGACUUACACAAGUUGUAAGGCCAUUGUCAGUGUCAAAACCUACCGCUUAAUAAGCACUUCAAAGUGCCAAAGGCAUUACAACUAACAUGGACAAGGUUCAUUUUGAAACAUUCAUAAUGCUUAAAAAUUGAAAUUUCAACUUCAUAUUCCUCAUCUCCAGCAGCUCCCCAACAUCAACA